CUCUCUCUCAUAUUCACAUACACAGACAUAGUAUCAGCUGAUAGUAUCAUCUUAGGUGUGGAAGAUGGAAUUUGGGAGUGGAAAUAGCCGAUUAUUGUCGAAAAUGGCGACGAGCGAUCAACAUGGCGAAAACUCACCCUACUUUGAUGGGUGGAAAGCAUAUGACAAUAAUCCUUUCCACCCUAAAGAAAAUCCUCAUGGAGUUAUACAAAUGGGACUUGCUGAAAACCAGCUUUCGAAUGACAUGAUCGAAGAAUGGAUCGACAAAAACCAGAAAGCUUCAAUCACAACGCGCGAAGGAGUUCAUGCAUUCAGAAACAUUGCAUUAUACCAGGAUUAUCACGGCCUACCCGAAUUUCGAAACGGUGUGGCCAAGUUCAUGUCAAAGGCAAGGGGCGGGCGGGUCAGUUUCGACCCAGACCGGAUAGUAAUGGGCGGUGGGGCGACCGGAGCUAGUGAGCUGCUUAUGUUCUGUUUGGCUGACGCUGGAGAUGGAUUUUUGGUCCCUUCACCUUAUUAUCCUGGAUUUGAUAGAGACUUGAGAUGGAGGACGGGUGUGCAAUUACUACCCGUAAUGUGCCAAAGCUCCAACAAUUUCAAAAUUACCAAAGAAGCCCUUGAAGAAGCAUUUGACCAAGCCCAAAAGGCUAACAUCAAAGUCAAAGGCCUCGUGAUAGCAAACCCUUCCAAUCCAUUGGGCACCACAUUGGAUAGGCCCACCUUGAAAAGCCUAGUCACAUUUAUCAAUGAGAGGCAAAUCCACCUCGUUUGUGAUGAAAUUUAUGCGGCCACCGCUUUUCGUGCGCCAGAGUUCAUUAGCGUAUCCGAAGUUAUCGAAGAGGUUGAGUGCAAUCGAGACCUAAUACACAUUGUCUAUAGUUUGUCGAAAGAUAUGGGCCUCCCGGGAUUUAGGGUCGGCAUAAUGUACUCGUACAAUGAUGUUGUCGUGGACCGUGGUAGAAAAAUGUCAAGCUUCGGCCUCGUCUCGUCCCAAACGCAGCACCUUUUGGCAUCAAUGUUGUCCGAUGAUGAAUUCACGAACAAGUUCAUGUUGGAGAACACGAGAAGACUUGCAAACAGGCACGAGAUGUUUACCAAAGGGCUAGAAGAGGUGGGCAUAACGUGCUUGGAAAGCAACGCGGGCCUAUUUUGUUGGAUGGACUUAAGGCAUCUGUUAAAGGAGCCGACAUUCGAAGGCGAAAUGGGCUUGUGGAGGGUCAUAAUAUCCGAGGUGAAGCUCAACGUGUCUCCGGGCAUGUCUUUUCACUGCCACGAGCCGGGCUGGUUCAGGGUUUGCUUCGCCAACAUGGAUGACGAGACUUUGAAAGUAGCCCUCACUAGAAUUCGGGUGUUUGUGGCGAAAGGGAAUGAAGUCGAUGCGAAAGUGAAGCAGCCGUGGCAAAAGAACUUAAGACUCAGCUUCUCUUCGAGAAUAUACGAUGAAACUAUGGCUUCGUCUCCUCGUGUAAUGUCCCCUCACUCACCGCUUGUUCGUGCUUGGACAUGAUGAGUUCCAUAUUGAAGACUUGAAGAAUAUGAUGGUGUGGAUGCAUAGAAUAGUUUUCAUUUUUCCAUGUUUUCAAACUUACUUUGUGUAUUGAUGGAUUUAAGGGUAAGUUUUGUUGUGCACUUUUAGGGUAUAAUUGUGGAGAUUGACCCCAAAUGAAAAAAAUAGUACUAAAAAGAAACAUCACAUAAUAAGUCCUACCUCAAGUUCUUUUUUAGUGUAUGGGCCUUAGUUAAGGUUAGUUUUCGGGCCCCAAUGAAAAUUAUAUUGUAUUGGACUUUGUUAUGUCAACUCUAAUUUUGGAUCCAGCUUAACA